AUGGCCGUCUAUCUCUUGUCCAGAGUCGGCGACCCCAUCUUCGCCCUAACCAUGGGCAUCGCCGCUGCAUUCUCACGCAUCCGCCGCGAUCAAAUCGAGAAAACCCCCGACAAGGCCUCGGAGAUUGGAUACGGCACCGUAGUGCAAUUGGGUCAGCGGCGCUUGCAGCGCUGGUGGAAUGGGGAUUUUCAAGAUCUGUGA